AAUAAAAAUGUCUGGCAUCGCCUAGGUGGGCCCCGGGCCUUGUUCGCCUGCUUCUCGUCUUCUCGGUCUCGUUUCAGUUCGAGACUCUUUCAUUUUCAAGAUGUCUAAGCGAGGACGUGGUGGAACCGCGGGUGGAAAAUUCCGCAUCUCUCUGGGUCUCCCAGUGGGUGCCGUCAUGAACUGUGCUGACAAUACAGGCGCAAAGAACCUGUACGUUAUUGCAGUUUAUGGCGUUAAGGGUCGUCUUAACCGCUUGCCUGCUGCUGGUGUUGGAGACAUGUUUGUUGCCACUGUGAAGAAGGGUAAACCUGAGCUCAGGAAGAAAGUAAUGCAAGCAGUGGUUGUUCGGCAAAGGAAGCCUUUUAGGAGGAAGGAUGGAGUGUUUAUAUACUUUGAAGACAAUGCAGGGGUGAUAGUCAACAACAAAGGCGAAAUGAAGGGGUCAGCUAUCACCGGACCUGUUGCAAAGGAGUGUGCUGACCUGUGGCCUAGGAUUGCAUCCAACUCCAGCAGCAUUGCUUGAACACUUCGUUUUAUGCUCUGUAUUCCCUUUGAACAUCUGG